AUGAUCCCGGGGUCGGCCGUGUACCACGUCGUGGAGGCGAUGGCGCCGCUGUACACGGCGGCGGUGCUGGGCUACGCGUCCGUGCGGUGGCUCAAGGCCUUCUCCGACGAGCAGUGCGCGGGGAUCAACCACUUCGUCGCGCUCUACGCUGUGCCGGUCCUCAUCUUCCACAUGGUCUCCACCAACGACCCCUACCACAUGAACGAGCGCCUCAUCGCCGCCGACACGCUGCAGAAGGCCAUCAUGCUGCUCGCCCUCACGGCCUGGGCCUUCUGGUCCCACUACCGCGGCCGCCGCGGCGGCGGCGCCAAGGACGACGGGGCGGCGCCGCCGUCGCCGAUCAAGUGGGUGGUCACCAACUUCUCCGUCGCGUCGCUGCCCAACACUAUCAUCAUGGGCGUGCCGCUGCUCGACGGCAUGUACGGGUCCGUGUCCGGGGGCCUCAUGAAGCAGAUCGUCGUCAUGCAGUUCUGCAUCUGGUACAACGUCGUCAUCUUCCUCUACGAGUUCAUGGCGGCGCGGGACAGCAGCGCCAAGAUCAGCCCCGUGUCAGUGGCGGCGGCGGCGGCGGCCGGGAACCGCGACCGCAUCGGCGAGAACGGCGGAAGCAUUCAUGCCGAGGGUAGUCGGCACCAGGUGGUCGUCAACAUUGAGAUCACCGAGGUGGCGGCGGCGGCGGCGGCGGCUGCGUCGCCCGCGGCACCAGACAGCCGCGCGGCCGAAGAGACGGCGGCGGCGGCGGCGGUCGCGAAGGAGCUGACCGCGGAUGCAGAUGCUAAUAAUGCUAAGGCCGCCGAGGAGGUGCCGGCUGUCCCGCCGCCAGCGCCGGCCCAGCAGGUACCGCCGGUUAUGCACGUCGUAUGGAUGGCGGUGAAGAAGCUUCUCCAGAUUCCCAACACCUACGCGAGCUUCCUUGGCCUCAUCUGGUCUCUCAUGGCAUUCAAGAUUGGAUUCUCGAUGCCGAAAAUUGUUGACGACUCUCUGUUCGUCAUCUACACAACCGCCGUUGGGUUGAGCAUGUUCGCUUCAGGUACGUUCAUUGCGCGGCAGUCACGGUUCGUGCCGUGCGGGUACACCAUCGCGUCGUUGUCCAUGGUCCUCAAGUUCCUGAUCGGCCCGGUGAUCAUGCUGCUCGUCUCGCUCGCCAUCGGGAUGCACGGCACCCUUCUGCACAUUGCUGUUGUACAGGCGGCGCUCCCCCUGGCCGUGACCUCGUUCGUGUACGCGGAGGAGUACAAGGUCCACGCCGACAUCAUGAGCACUGGGUUCGUGCCUCUUGUUACCACUUACUGCUGUCAACUUUGUAGGCUAAUUUAA